AUGCAGGGCGUCGCUCGGUGGCGUGUGCGUCUCUUUAAUCGUGCACGUCAGCCUCUGUUUGGUGCCUCCUUAUCCUCGGCGUGUAGGCACUGCGCAACAGUGCCGACAGAGGACGAUGUACGCAAGGCAUACAAGAUACUUGGGGUUCACACCUCGGCCACCUUGACCGAUGUGAAGAAGCGCUACGGCGACCUCGCCAAGGAGCAUCAUCCGGAUGUGUCGAACACCUCUGCAGACUCUAGCACAAGCCGCAUGACGGACAUUAACAACGCUUACAACACGGUGAAGCAAUUUCAUCAGGCGGGCAGGCAACUCUUCGAGGCUACGCGCGCGUCAAGCGCCCGUGGGACCCCCAACUCCUCCUCUUCCUCCUACUACACAACGCGGGACACAGCAUACCAGCCCUGGUAUGAGGACAUGGAUCCACUUCUGUACGAGCUCAUGUGGGAGGAGAUGCGGCGGCAAAACGAGGAGGACUGCUUUUCCAGAAACAUGCACACAGAGAGGGCUUACCGCCCCAACGGCCAAUGGCAACCGCCGCACUGUAGUCCCUCGGCAAGACCGCGGCAGUCGUCCGGAAACGGUGACGGUAGGCAGUCACAUGGUGGAAAGAGGUGCUCGUCUUCGACGACCUGGCCUGAGGAACAGGUGAAGGCAAUGGUGAACAUGUACCAAGAUGGCAAAAGCUUUGAGUUCAUUGCCAAUGCCCUCGGCAAAGAGAGUGCAGCGGCGGUGGUGGAGGAAUUCAACCGGUGGAGCAGCGACAAUCAGCCACAGCGGCGCAAAGGGGGGAAGCCGUACAAUGCAAAGCGGCACCGCUCCCAUGGGAGACAGGGGUCCUUCUACUACACCGAGUCGCCGGAUGAGGUGCCCUUUGAACUGUAUGAGAUGAUGGAGGAGGAGCCGUACUACGAUGACUCUGCUGAAGAAGCUGGGAACCCGUUUGGGUACUACCAGGGCGAUGGGGAGGAGUACGACGUGCCGUACGGCAACGCAACUCCGUUCUACGGCGUGCAUCAGAUGAACGGGGGUUCUGCACCAUAUCGGCACUUUGAAGGGGGUGGGAGUCGCAUAUACAACUCGUCACGGAAGGCUUCGUACAGGCCGAUGCGUGACCCCCGCGGCGGUGUUCCUAACAAAAACAAGCGCUACAAUGCUGCUUCGAGUAGUAAGGGAAGUGGCGGUGGCUUUCAGUCAGGCCACGGGAAGGGUCACAGCAGCAGUGGAGGCAGAAAAUAA